AUGCCAUCUAUAUCAAGUUUCCUCAAGAUUCUUGCCGUCCUCGGCAUCGCAGGGGGUAUCGAGGCCAUGCCUCGCCCACAGCCCGGGCACAAAUACCCUCACCGGCCUGAGCGACGACAAGACCCAGCACCGCCAGCGGCUUCGCCAUCACCGACUGCCCCAGUAGCGGCACCAGCAGGCGGAUUAUCAGAUAUUGACAUCCUCCAAUUCGCUUUGUCCCUCGAACACCUCGAAUCCAACUUCUACUCCCAAGGAUUCCAACGCUUCCCGCCCCAAGACUUCUCCGCCCUCGGUCUCAGCGAGGCCAAUAUCCAGGCCCUUCAAGCCAUCGGCGAAACCGAAGCCACCCACGUCACCGCGCUAACCAGCGCCAUCUCCGCUACCGGCGCUCCUCCCGUCCAAGCAUGCACCUACAACUUCAACUUCACCACCGCCGCAGACAUGGUCGCCACCGCCCGCAUCCUCGAAGCCGUCGGCGUCUCCGCUUACCUCGGCGCCGCCCCGCUCAUUCAAUCCAAGGAUAUCCUCUCCACCGCCGGAAGCAUCCUCACCGUGGAAUCCCGCCAUCAGACCUUCAUCCGGGCCGCCAGCGCCGCCGCCCCCGUCCCCGCACCAUUUGACACCCCGCUGGGGCCCCGCGCGGUGUUCACCCUGGCGAGCGGGUUCAUCCAGUCGUGCCCUGAAGGAAGCAACCUGAACAUCCCGGCGUUCCCGGCGAUCCAGCUGUCGACCCCGAUGGUGACGGCGGGCCAGAGCCUUGUACUGCAGGACACGGCACAACCGUCCGGCGCGCAGUUUUGUGCGUACGUCAAUCAGGGUCAGACGAUGUUCACGCCGUUGCAACAGGGGGCGUGCACGGUUCCACAGGGACUGGCGGGCGAGGUGUACAUGAUGGUGACAGGGCAGGAGAGCGUUGUGGACGAGGCGGUCUUGGCUGGGUAA